AAAGCAGCGCUACGCUGCGGUGCGCACACCGCACACACUGGCAAAAAGCACGGAGCUUUCGCCUCCGCCUCCGUCUCCAAUCCGCCAUAGACAGUCACAGUCACAGAGCCCUCCCUCCCCGCCUCCAUCGUUUCCCCACGUCUCGCCUCCAGAGCUUUCCCCCCUCCCUCCCUUUUCCUUUCCACCUCCCCCCGAAACCUUCCCACUCUCAGGGCCUAAAAAAAAUCCAAGCCAACAGCACCAGCACAGGAGAGGAGAGGCGAGGGAGGGGGGGAGACAGCGACAGCCCCGCGGCGCCGGCCGCCGGGGCGCCCACCGGGCCGCGGGCCGCCAGCGCAUGGCAUCGUCGCGGGUGAUGGCCGCGUCGUCGCAGCCGCCGCCGUCCGGCACCUCCGAUCUCGCGCGCUUCAGGAGCGCCAGCGGCAUCGGAUCCAUGAACAUGGACGACAUCCUCCGCAACAUAUACGGCGAGGCGCCCCCGUCCGGCGCCGGGGACCCCGCCCCCGCGCCGGAGCCCGCCGCCCGCCGGACGGCCGAGGAGGUCUGGAAGGAGAUCUCGGCCACCGGGGGCCUCUCCGCCCCCGCUCCCGCUCCUCCCCCCGCCGGCGGCGGGGGCGGCGAAGCGGGCGGCGCCGCCGUCAUGACCCUGGAGGAUUUCCUGGCCAGGGAGGAUGACGGCAUGGUUACCGCCGUGGAGGGGAACAUGGCGGUAGGGUUCCCCGAUGUGGGGGCGGGCGUGGCGGGAGGGCGGCGACGAGGUGGCGGCGCCGGCGGAAGGGCGAGGAAGAGGGCCCUGAUGGACCCCAUGGACCGCGCGGCCACGCAGCGGCAGAAGCGCAUGAUCAAGAACCGCGAAUCUGCGGCCAGGUCCAGGGAGAGGAAGCAGGCUUACAUCGCAGAACUGGAGGCACAGGUCACACAGCUUGAGGAGGAACAUGCCGAACUGCUUAGAGAACAGGAGGAGCAAAACGAGAAGAGGCUUAAUGAGCUCAAGGAACAGGCAUUUCAAGUUGUCGUGAGGAAAAAACCAUCGCAGGAUCUUAGGAGGACCAAUUCGAUGGAAUGGUAGAAAGUAACCACAGUCCGCAAGCUCUGUUGUUAUUCCCUUACAGUUACAGAAUUUCUUCUUUUGCUUUCUGUUUACCCUAGUCGUCGGAAGCAGUAAGACCUGUUAGGUGAAGGACUCUAGCUCAAAAGAAGAAGAGAUGUAGACAAAGGUUCUGUGCGUGGUCGGAGAGUUCACGCCAUUCAGGAUCGGUGUGUGGUCAGCUAUUUAAUUUUGCUGUCAUUGUGGCUCGUAUGUAUGUACAAACCAGAAUAAGCAUGCUUGCAUAAAACUUAGACUAGAGUUGCCUCA